AUGCCAUGGCCGUACAUGUCCGACUCCAGCCAUGCGGGCCUGUCUCCCGCCGUCGUCGAGUCCAUUGCCGGUCUCAGCGCCGGCACCAUUGCGACCUUGGUCGUGCACCCCCUCGACAUUGUCAAGACGCGCAUGCAGAUCUACCGCAGCGUGAGCGAUCCCCUGUCCAAGCCGCCCACGACGGUCCGCCUGCUGCGCUCCCUCACCGCGACCCCCCGCCCGCUGGCCUCGCUCUACCGCGGGCUGACGCCAAACCUCGUCGGCAACGCCACCAGCUGGGCCUCCUUCUUCUUCUUCAAGUCGCGCUUCGAGCGGCUUCUCGCCCGGCAGCGCCGCCACGGCGACACCACCACCACCCCGCCGCUCCCCUCCGCCGGCGACUACUUUGUCGCCAGCGCGCUCGCCGGCGCCGCCACCUCGGUCCUCACCAACCCCGUGUGGGUGCUCAAGACGCGCAUGCUGUCCUCUGACCGCGGCGCCCGCGGCGCCUACCCGUCCAUGUCCGCCGGCGCCCUGUCCAUUCUCCGCACCGAGGGCCCCCUCGGCUUCUACCGCGGCCUCGCCGUCUCCCUCGUCGGCGUCUCCCAUGGCGCCGUCCAGUUUGCCGUCUACGAGCCGCUCAAGCGCGCCUACUACAAUCGCCGCCGCGCCGGCUGCGGAGACGCGGACCCUGCUGCCACGCCGCGGCCGCCGCCGCCGCUUCGCCCCAUGAGCCCGGAAGCCACCAUUGUGCUUUCCAGCGCCGCCAAGCUCGUCGCCGGCGCCGCCACCUACCCGUACCAGGUCGUCCGCAGCCGGCUGCAGAAUUACCGCGCGGAUGAGCGAUUCGGCCGUGGCGCACGCGGCGUCGUCGCGAGGAUAUGGCGCGAGGAGGGCUUGCGCGGCUUUUAUCGGGGCUUGGUGCCGGGCGUGGUGCGCGUCAUGCCGGCAACGUGGGUGACGUUUCUGGUUUAUGAGAAUGUCAAGUUUCAUCUGCCGCACUGGGUGGCGGACCGGGCAUUCUCUUGA